AUGAGACUUUUGCCAGCAACAUUGCUGGUGGGAGCCGCUUCGGCUGCGGCUCCACCUCUCCAGCAGGUGAUGGGCGUUCACCGUGAGCACGCUGAGGGCCUGGCCAAGCAGGGUUCGAACAUCAUCGAGGACUGGGCCAAGGCAGGCUCAAACGUCCUCGAGGACUGGGCCAAGAAGGGCGCAGAUGCCAUCUCAGAGCCAAUGGAGAAGCUCAAGAAGGAGUUUAGCUCUCUUUCGGAUGAGGCCCGUGGUCUUUGGGAGGAGGUUGCUCACCAGUUUCCCAACACCAUGGACCAUGCCCCAAUGUUGUCUCUGCCCAAGAAGCACACCCGUCGUCCUGAUUCUCACUGGGACCACGUGGUGCGUGGAAAGGAGGUGCAAGAUAUUUGGGUCUCUGGUGCCGAUGGCCAGAAAGAACGCGAGAUUGGUGGUAAGCUUGAGUCUUACGACCUCCGCGUGAAGAAGGUGGAUCCCAGCGCCCUCGGUGUGGAUCCCAACGUCAAGCAGUACAGUGGAUAUCUUGAUGAUAACGAGAACGAUAAGCACCUGUUCUACUGGUUCUUCGAAUCUCGUAAUGACCCGAAGAAUGACCCCGUCGUUCUCUGGUUGAACGGUGGCCCUGGUUGUUCUUCACUGACCGGCCUGUUCAUGGAGCUUGGACCCAGCUCCGUCAACAGCAAGCUAGAGCUCGUCUAUAACGAUUACUCUUGGAACUCCAACGCCUCCGUGAUCUUCCUUGACCAGCCCGUGAACGUUGGAUACUCCUACAGUGGCAGCAGUGUGAGCGACACGGUCGCUGCCGGCAAGGACAUCUAUGCUUUGAUGUCUCUGUUCUUCAAGCAGUUCCCCGAGUACGCUAAGCAGGACUUCCACAUUGCUGGCGAGUCUUACGCUGGCCACUACAUUCCUGUCUUCGCUUCGGAAAUCCUCUCUCACAAGAACCGCAACAUCAACCUCAAGUCGGUGCUGAUCGGCAAUGGUUUGACCGAUGGCCUGACUCAGUACGAAUACUACCGUCCCAUGGCUUGUGGUGAUGGUGGCUACCCGGCUGUUCUCGACGAGGCUUCCUGCCAGUCAAUGGACAAUGCCCUGCCUCGCUGUCUUUCCAUGAUCAAGUCCUGCUACGACAGUGAGAGUGCCUGGGUGUGCGUUCCCGCUUCCAUUUACUGCAACAAUGCUCUCCUUGCCCCCUACCAGCGAACUGGCCAGAACGUCUAUGAUGUUCGUGGCAAGUGCGAGGACUCUUCCAACCUGUGCUACAAGGGCAUGGGUUACGUCUCUCAGUACCUCAACCAAGCUAAGGUUAUCGAGGCCCUUGGUGCUGAGGUUGAUGGCUACGACUCUUGCAACUUUGACAUCAACCGUAACCUCCUCUUCCACGGUGACUGGAUGAAGCCUUACCACCGUCUCGUUCCCGGUCUCAUCGAGCAGAUUCCUGUCCUCAUCUAUGCCGGUGACGCAGACUUCAUCUGCAACUGGCUCGGCAACAAGGCCUGGACCGAGGCUCUUGAGUGGCCUGGCCAGAAGGAGUUCGCUAAGAAGGAACUGAAGGACCUUGCCAUUCAGCAGAAUGAGCACGUUGGCAAGAAGAUCGGUCAGAUCAAGUCUCACGGUAACUUCACCUUCAUGCGUCUGUACGGUGGUGGCCACAUGGUUCCCAUGGACCAGCCCGAGGCCAGUCUGGAAUUCUUCAACCGCUGGCUCGGCGGUGAGUGGUUCUAG